AAUUGAAGAUGCUUGUCUUCAUUCAGGCAAUUAAGGAGCCCAACAGUUAAAGAUGCAACCCUUUCUAUUCUUUUGCAGGAGAAAUGCUUGCAUGGAACUCUGUCCUCAACCAGUCUGGCCCCACUGAGUUUGUAUUCCAAGUGUUCACUGCUGUGCCUGAAUUCCAGGCUUUCCUCUUCCUUCUUUUCCUCCUCCUCUACUUGAUGAUCCUUUCUGGCAACACAGCCAUCAUCUGGGUGGUGUGCACACAUAGCUCCCUCCGUACCCCAAUGUAUUUCUUCCUCUCCAAUCUGUCUUUCCUAGAAAUCUGCUACACCUCUGUUGUGGUGCCCUUGAUGCUCUCCAACAUUUCUGGGGCCCAGAAGCCCAUUCCUUUGGCUGGCUGCGGGGCCCAAAUGUUCUUUUUUGUCACCCUUGGCAGCACUGACUGUUUUCUCUUGGCAGUCAUGGCUUAUGAUCGAUAUGUGGCCAUCUGCCACCCACUGCACUACACCCUCGUCAUGACCCAGAAGCUGUGUGUCCAAAUGGUGGUUGGUGCCGUGGCCCUGGCCCUUUUGCUCUCCUUACAGCUCACAGCCUUAAUCUUCACUCUGCCCUUCUGUGGGCACCGCCGGGAAAUCAACCACUUCCUGUGUGAUGUUCCUCCUGUCCUGCGCCUGGCCUGUGCUGACACCCGCGUGCACCAGGCCAUCCUCUAUGUGGUGGGCAUCCUCGUGCUGACGGUACCCUUCCUACUUAUCUGUGUCUCCUACGUGUUCAUCACGCUGGCCAUCCUGCGCAUCCGUUCCGCCGAGGGUCGCCGCCGGGCCUUCUCCACCUGCUCCUCCCACCUCACGGUGGUCUUGCUGCAGUACGGCUGCUGCAGCCUGGUCUACCUGCGUCCCCAGUCCAGCACCUCAGAGGCCGAGAAUCGCCAAAUCGCCCUGGUCUACACCUUUGUCACGCCCCUGCUUAACCCCCUGAUUUAUACUCUUCGAAACAAGGAUGUCAAAGGUGCUCUGAGGAAUGCCUUCAUCAGCAAAACAGCUUCUGAUGCCCACUGA